AUGACGCAUCAAAAUCACCAAACAAACGGUGCAAGUCUCGAGGAUUGCCACACAAACUUCUUCGCCUUGACGGAGCUGUAUGGCAUAAAAUGGCGUAAGCUCGUAUGGGGGGAGACGAGCGGUGGUGGCGACGGGGAGGAAGGCGGCGCGCCGCUUGCAGAUCCUGUGAUCAGCAGCUAUGCGCGCUGCCUAGCCGGCGAUAUCCUAUGUGUAUGGCGGCGGGUGCCGGCGCCGCAGCCGUCCGACAUCUACGAGAUGACCACGCCCGCGCCACCACCCCUCUCCCUCCGAGCCGCCAAAGAAUUAUGGAUAUUCUGGUAUGGCGAGGAACCCGACCUGAAUGGUCUCGUCGCUCCGGAGUUGAUCGCAAGCCAAGGAGACCAGGGUUCGUGGGAAAGUGGACUCUCGUACGAAUGUCGCUCCCUACUCUUCAAGGCUCUUCAUAAUCUUAUUGAAAGAUGCCUCCUGUCGCGGGAUUUCGUGAGGCUUGGCAAGUGGUUCGUCCAGCCGUACGACGGCGACGAAGAAGACGUCGGUAAAAGCCCGUGGCACCUGUCAUUCUCGUUCGCGUUCUUCCUGCAUGGCGAGAGCACGGUGUGUGCCUCUGUGGACGUGCGGCAGCAUCCGCCCGUCCGCACGCUUACUCCGAAACGUCUUGCCAAAAUCAACUCGCCGGACAACCAGGCCGAUGCCAAAGUGAUUCUAGCACCAUUCGGUUUGGAGGGCACCUUGACGGGUCGGGAAUGGUGUGACAAUGACGCCGCGACCGUCCGUCUACUGGACGCCUGGCGACAGCUCUAUCCUCUGGAACAGGGCUGUGGCGCUGUCGAGGUGGUGUGUGGCGGCGCUCGCAUGCGCUACCCGGUGCCGUACGUGCUGGUGACGCAGAUGGAGGCGGGCGGCGCCGUGCAGCACCGCCCGCCCAUGGCGCACCGCGCGCUCACCGCACUCACCACGCCCGCGCCGCACCAGGCUGCCGAGAUCUGUUACGGCGAGACGGCUGAAAAGAGCGAAGACUUCAUUGAUCCCACCCGAAAGACCCCAUGUACCUGUGCAAAAGCGGGCGGAGGCGCGUGCUCGCCGGGCAGCUGCGGCGGCGGCUCGCCCGCGCCGGGCGGCUCCGCGCCCCCCUCCGCCGGCGCGCCGCCCUCCUCGCCGCACCACGCGCAGCCCUCCAACCACCAGUCGGUGGGUAUAGUCCCGACGACGCUCCACACGCCGGCGCCCACGCCGGACCCGCACGCUCCCCCCACCCCCGCGCCGCCCUCGCUGCCGCCGCCUAAGACGUACACCCAGGGCGACUCCCCGCUGGGUGCGUGCGAGGUGUCGCGGCGGCCCGUGCUGCCCGCCGCCGCGCCGCGCCUGGACCCGCUCGAGGACGAGCACUCGCUCCACAUGCUCUACGACUACACCACCGUCUACGCUUGGCUGGAGCACCCAGUGAAGCGCUUCAAGUCCGAUGAGAGCAGCUUCCGCGAGGAGAUGGCGCUGGGCGCGGGCCCGGGCGGCGACCUGUACGCGGGGCACGACCACACCAAGCUCGGCGCCAUGCUCGACCACACGCCGCUCGACAUCAAGCAGGAGAGGCAGGACCACAAUGAGGAUUCUAAAGAAUACAAGAACCUAUUUACAUCUGAUGGAUUAUAUCCUACCUUCAAAGACUUGGAACAGAUCUUCGAAAAUUCCGACGACGCGGCCAGCGGCGAUGAGACGCUGCAGGUGUCGACGCCGCCCGACUCGAACAAGUCGGGCGAGGAGUCCCGCUGCGCGCGCGGCUGCCCGCGCGCCGAGGAGCUGAGCAAGAUGUUCCCCACGCCGCCCAGCAUGGAGGCGCACGCGCAGGCCUCGCCCGGCUUCUCGCUGCCCGACGACGCCACGCCGCUGCGCCACCACCACGCGCCGCCCGCCGGCAGCCCGCCGCCCGACACGCCCAUCGAGGAUUGGUCAUACGUGUUCAAACCGCCCACCGUGUACAAGUACGUGGGUUCAUCCAAGUACGCCCCUCUGGCUACUUUACCGAGUCAAAUGUUACCUGCUGUCACUCUUCCACCGCACGCCGUAUACCGCCCCCGACAUCACCAGGAACACGAGCACGAGCACGAUCAGGUCAAGAGGGAGACCGAAACGGAAACUGACACCCAUCGAACCGCAGGCGUUAAGCGUUCCGCGUCUCCGGCCGUGGAGAGCAGGGAGGCGCGGCGGCGCGAGGGCGGGGCCGGCGGCGGGAGCGGAGGCGGAGGCGGAGGCGGAACAGCGGCGGCGCCGGCGCGGAGCGACGUCGUGGCGCGGCCUCGCCGCAGCGCCGCCGAGCCCGCGCCGGCCGUGGCCAGCGCGCACGCCGCCUGCCCGCUCAUGCUCAACGUGCUGCUGGCCGACACCGUGCUCAACGUGUUCCGCGAUCACAACUUCGACAGCUGCACGCUCUGCGUCUGCAACGCAGGACCCAAGGUGGUUGGUAACAUUCGCGGCGCAGACGCGGCCACGUACCUGACGGGAUGCUCGGGCAUGGGCGGCGGGUCUCAGUCAGGCGCGGCCUGGGACUCGCCCCACGGACCUCCGCCCGACGACGAGCCCUCGCACUGCACCUGCGGCUUCAGCGCUAUACUCAACAGGCGUCUGGCGCACAAAGCUGGUUUAUUUUACGAGGACGAGAUGGAGAUCACGGGUCUGGCGGAGGAGCCGGGCGGCGGGGCGGGCGGUGCGGGCGGGGCGCUGGGCGAGGUGGCCACCGUCGUGCUGGCGCAGUGCGCCGCGCUGGGCGGCGGCGACGCCUCCGCGCUCGCCCGCGCCGCCGCCCGCGCCGCCGCGCACCACCCGCCCGACGAGCUGCGCCUCAACCUGCUCGAAUACACCGACGGUGGGACGGCAACGACGCGGGCGUUACGUGCCUCGAUAAGCUCAACGUCGAGUUCGAGUCCCGCUAACGUGAACUCCGCCAACAACGCUGUCCACCGCUGGCCCUUCAUCGGCGCACGCGCACCUCGUUCGUCACGUGACGUAGUCAGAUUAAUGCGUCGCCUCCGACCGCUGCUCCAAGAUGCUAUACAAAAACGUUGUUGUGGUGCGCGAAUGUGGGACGGUGUAACCGGGCCGCUAACUUGGCGUCAAUUCCACCGAUUAGCCGGACGAGGCAACGAAGAUCUUUGCGAACCGCAACCUGUCCCACCCUUACUCGUAGGACACGACCGAGACUGGAUAUCGCUCUCACCUUACGCCUUACGACACUGGGAAAGACUCUCCCUGGAACCCUACUCUUACUCCCGUGACGUCGCCUACGUUGUAUUAGCGGCGGACCAGGAUGCACUGGCGGAUCCACUGCGCGCCUUCUUCCGAGAACUGUCAACGGCUUAUGAGUCUUGUCGACUCGGUAGGCAUCAACCUGUAGGACGUAUCGCUAAAGACGGUAUCGUCCGCAGCACGCCAGUGGACCGCCGAGACAAUCAACGAGAACAGCGAGACGAAUGGACUGGACCUUUACCACCUGGUCGUUUAGGCGACUACCUUAGAUCGUACGCUCAUACUCUUCGCACUUCAAUCGUGCCGCAGCUGUCGUCGUUGACCUUAGAUCGCACGUUACUCGAUACAGACCGACCGAGCGAGCACAUGCGACCUCCGUCGACCCCUGACCACCCAGCUACGCCCACACCGGCUUCUGAACCGGAGAACGAAACUUCCAACGCUUCAACGGGAGGGACGCCCUCCGCGCCCCCGGCGGCCGGUACGUCGUGGGACGAAGAGGAGGGUGGAGCACCCGCUCUCGUCGUGUAUGUCGUGGAGCCCCCCGCAUCCUAUGGUCAUCGGCCGCUGGCGUUACACGCGUUGCUUCGUCUGGCCGCUAGAACCGUCGACCACUUGCACCAUCAUAAUCCUCUUGUUAAGAUUGUUUCCCUGGAGAGUGUGUGUGAGCGAUGGGGCUUAGGCACGCGAGCGAGCGAGGAGGGCGGCUCGCAAGACGUGCGGGCGCUCGCCUUCAGCGUGUUCAGUGGCGCCAGGCGGCUGCUGUCUCACAGCGCCAACGGCAAGUCACUCACCGGCUUCGGUACUGCCGCCGAUGCUAAUCUCUUCCUGCAAUCCAAAGAUGAGAAAAACCGCGAGCCAUACAAGUUAUUCUCACCUGCGUGGGUGCUGGCUGCACCGCGUGCUCUGAAAGAAGUGGCAGAGACCUGGGGGCAAGGCGGCGGUGACCAGGGCGCAGUGCUGUUCUUGUCGUACUGUCUCUCUCACGACCAACGCUGGUUGCUGGCCACCGCCACCGACGCCCGCGGAGAACUGCUGGACACUGCUGCCAUCAAUAUACAUGUCCCGCAGAGGUCUCGUCGACGACGCAGCGGUCCUGCGCGGCGAAUGGGUCUCACGAAACUAAUGGACUUCACGCUCGGUGUCAUGAGCCAGGCCGCCCAACCUUGGAGGCUGGUCGUCGGAAGGGUCGGACGAAUCGGGCACGGAGAGCUUAAAGGUUGGAGCUGGUUGCUGUCGCGCAAGCACCUGGUGCGCGCGUCGGCCAUGCUGCGCGAUAUCUGCGGCAGCUGCUCGGUGCUGUACCCGGGUGGGGUGCCGUGCAUCCUGUCGGCCUGCCUGGUGUCCACCGAGCCCGACUCGUGCCUGCGCCUCAUGGCCGACCGGUUCACGCCCGACGAGCGCUUCUCGCAGGCCUCCAUACAGUCUCACUUGCACACGCCCCGGGACGUCACAGCCACACACAUACUUGUCUUCCCCACUUCGGCCACCACUCAGUCGAACCAAAACCCAUUCGAACCACCGAUGGCGAACGGCGAGGAUAGCGACAUGAUGUUCUUGAACGUAGACAUGGGCGACGAAGAAAUGGGAGAAGACAAUAUGGCAGACUUGCUCAUAGGGGACAUGUUCAACAAUAUGUGGGGUGGGCCCGCGGGCAGCCCUCGAAGGACCGACGACGAUCCAGCCACCAGCCCUCAGGCACACCAUCACCAUCAAACCUCAUAUCACCAUCAGGAUGAAAAUGCUACUGAGCAAGUAGGCGCACUACUGCAACAGCCGCUGGCGCUGGGCUACAUGGUGUCGACGGCGCCGCUGGGCUCCAUGCCGGGCUGGUGGUGGGCGGGCUGCGCGCACCUGCGCGACGCGUGCCCGGCCUUCCUCAAGAACGCGCUGCAUCUGCACGCGGGCAGCCUUCAGGCCGCUGACGACUACACCAGCCUCACGCAGCGCAGGGACAACAACACGCACCCCUUGGACUCGCAGACCACUACUGAUGUGCUUAGGUAUGUCUUAGAAGGCUACAACGCGCUAUCAUGGUUGGCACUAGACGGCAACACUCACGAUCGUCUGUCUUGUCUCCCGCUGCAUGUCCAAGUGCUGAUGCAGCUGUACCACACAGCGGCUGCGCUUGGCUAA